AUGCCUCCAGAGACGACAUCCGAAACUACAUACGGCCUCAGCCCCGUCCACGCAUCCGCAUCUACUCUUCUCGCAACGAAUGCUCCCACGACACCCCCACCUUUUAUUCCAGUGACCCAGACCCCAAUCCCAUCCACAGCGCUUGCGGAGCGCAUCAACGAGUACGCUCGAUCGCAUCUCCCCGAGCCUACAUACAACCACUCCCUGCGGGUCUACCAUUAUGGUCUGGCAAUCAAGCAGUACAGGUUUCCCGCCUGGAAUUUCACCGACGAAACAUACCUGCUUGCCUGUCUGCUCCACGACAUUGGUACAACCGAGGAAAACCUCCACGCCACAAAGAUGAGCUUCGAAUUUUAUGGUGCCUUCCUCGCUCUGGAUGUCCUGCAAAAAGCCGAUACCGGCCCUGAUGCACCAAAAGAACAGGCGGAGAGCGUGGCAGAGGCGAUCAUUCGUCACCAGGAUCUUUGUGAAAAGGGAAGGAUCACGGCUCUCGGACAGCUGCUGCAACUGGCUACAAUCUUUGACAACACUGGUCUCUACGCAGACCUAGUUCAUCCGUCGACUAUCGAUGAUGUUUCCCUGCACUUCCCUCGCCUCAAAUGGAGCCACUGCUUUGCUUCCACGAUCCACAGGGAGCUCGAGAUCAAGCCCUGGGCUCACACAACGGCGCUGGGCAUAGAAGAUUUCCCGUCGAAGGUGUUAUCCAAUACUCUCAUGUCCCCUUACGAGUGA